AAAGAGGUUGGUAACGUGCCUCUUAUCGCCUCCGUGCUGAUUGUGAGCCGGGUCUCUGCGAAGAGCGAGCGGGACACAUAGCAUCAGAGGUCCGCAGUUCCAGGAUGUCGCCAACGUUUGUACCACUGUCCACGGAAUUGAUACCAGGUCUAGACUGGAGGCCGUUAUGUUUCGAGCAUCCCCUUCCCCUCGACAGGCUGUGCCAUGUUUGCGGAGUGCUGUGCAAGGAAACGGUCGUGCUGCCUUGUUCCCACACCCUUUGCGACGUCUGCUUCGAGGGCAGCCUUGACCUGGGUUGCGUAUGUCCACUGGACCGAGAGAACUUCGACAAGGAUGCGGUGGACAAGCUGAAGUUGCGACCGGGACAGUUGCUGAAACUGAGCGUGUCUUGCUGGAAUUCUGCACACGGCUGCAACUUCAUCGGGCCCGUCUCCGAACUCUUGGAUCACUUCGAAAAAGAAUGCCUUCACCACAGGGCUUCUUGUCCUAGGUGUCAUCAUGACGUGCCGCGGCUGGGCCUUGUGCAGCACUGCGUCCAAUGCUACGACCCCAAACAAGGCGCGGAAGUUCCGUUGCAAAGUGCGACACUGCAGGGAGUACAGUUACGUGAAGACUUGGAGAAGGCCAGUGCGGAAAUUAAGCAGUCUAUGGCUGAACUCAAGGACGGCUACUACGUGCUGCAGGCCAGUGUCAACACCGUCGCGAAUAAAGUCAAUCUUGGACAUUCAGUAGCAAGUCAAGCAAUUACUGAAGCCGUGUCCGGCCUCCUGCAACAGCUUCAGAAGACGCAGCCAGAUAUGACCAAACUGGGAAGAGAGUUAUGCGGAACUUUCGAGAACGCCACAGCCGAUAUGAAGCAGUCCAUCUCUGAGCUCAAAGAUGGCUACUCUAGGUUGCACGCUAGCGUCAACGCAGUAUUGGAUGAGCUCAAGCUUGGGCAUUCAGAAGGAGAUCAAGCAAUCGUUGAAACCAUGUCAAACCUCCUAGCGCAGUUUCAGAAGAUGCAGCCAGAUGCCACCCACCGGCAAGGACAGCUACUUGAAGACUUGAGGAGGUCUUGUGCUGAGAUCAAGCAGUCCAUUGCUGAUCUCAAAAACGACUUCUCUAGGCCGCAGACCAGUAUCGGUCCAUUCAAGGAUGACGUGAAACUCGAGCACUCGGAAAAGAGGAUGUCUACGAAGCAGGCGGUGAUGCAUUUUGUUAAAAUGCCGAGAGACAUGCAACAGGAUGCUGUGCGCAUAGCCAUCCAGGCCCUGGAGAAGUUCCAACGUGGAAAGGACAUUGCGUUCUACAUCCAGGACAAGUUCCGCGAGAAGUACGAUUCGUUCUGGCAGUGCAUCGUGGGGACCAACUUCGACUCGUAUGUGCAUUAUAGAAUAAGGUGUCAUAUCGACUUCCAGCUAGGCCAUAUGAGAAUUCUGCUCUUCAAGGCACUCGGCAGUGCCAAGGCGAUAUCUACAGGCAGUUCCAUGGAAAUAUCUGUCGGCGGUUACGGCUUGUCGUUUCAGGACGAAUGUUGUGAAUAUGGGCAUCCAGAUGAAGACUUUGAUUGGUCGUAGACGAUAAAACUUCACCGGACAACGUGAGGCAACCGGAUUUUCAGACGACAUCAUAGCCGCACGGAUGCAUUCAGAGAGUCGACUCCGACCACCGAUGCAUUUUUGCCGAAAAACAAGACAGUUACUCUGACAAGAAAUCUACCUUGGGAUCGUUUUCGUCGAGCUUCUUAAAGCGCAGCUCUUAGGGGCCCGUUUCCGGCUUGAGCGGCGUCAGCGUUGGCGUAACCGCGAGGUCACGUGACACCCCCCCCCCCCCCCCGAGGUCACGUGUACCUCCCCGCUCAGGUCACGUGACCCCCCUCAGGUCACAUAACCCCUCUAAGGCCACGUGACCCCCCUGAGGUCACGUGAUCCCCCGAGGUCACGUGAGCCCCCUCAGGUCACGCGACCCCCCCGAGGUCACGUGACCCCCCUGACGUCACACGACGCCCCCCCCCUUGAGGUCACGUGACCUCAAGGAGUCACCUAUCCCUCAGUACGCUUCCAUCCUCCUCCUCAAGAGGUGCGCUCUAGUCUGACGUUACAGGGAAUUGUAAACGGCUUUCAUUUUUUAGAUAACAAUAAAACACCUGUUUUGACACGA